ACGUCCGCGUACGUUAUUGAUAAAAAACGAUAUGCGUUGAAUGUCGCGAUUUGUGUUGAAAAAAUUGUGGUGUUACUGAAUUUUUAUGGAUACUAAAAAACAUUAUCAAUAUUUCGAUAGUUGAGCUGUCAAAUUGGUUGUUUCAGCAUGGCUGAAAAUGAAGAGUGGAUGAAUAAUGAUGGUGCAUUCUUGGUUGAAGGUAGUGAUACUUUCAGUUUCUCCCAAAAUGAUAACAAUAUUACUCAGAUUGAUGAAUUGAUGAUGAAAUGUGAAGACGCCCUCAUGUCAUCCGAUUUAUUCACCAAUGACUCCUUAUUCAUGACAGAUUUCACUAAUCCUUUGAGUUUAACCGAUGAAAACCCAUUUGACUUUCUGGAUUCCGCUGAAAACUUGCCAUCGUUCACUACGGAAAAUUUCAAUACUCAGACACAGGCGUCCGAUUUCUUGGAAACGCCGCAGCCUUCAUUCUACGGUUCGAAUUCCAAAAAUGAAACUACGAGUAGCAAUUUGACUCCUUUAAAUACUCAAGUUGGAAACAUAGUUUUUGGAAAUGUCAAUAAUGCUACGAAAGAGAAUAUUGCCGAAAUGCCUGCAGGAACAACUGUUACUUCAACACCAAAGUUGUCAGUUUCACCAGUUCAGAAUAAAGAUAAUGAAAUUAAACUCGCUACAACCCAACAAAUAAGGAACAUACAACCUAAGCCAGAUACAUCGUCGUACAGAAUAGUUCCUGUUAAAACAGUAAGCAAUGGCAUUCAGAAAAGUCAGCCUCAAGCUAUUAAAAUUCAUAAUUCCAAUGUAAUUUCCAAUGGUGACGCAUUAUCUCAGUCUCCGAAGGAAACAGUCGUUAAAAAAGUAGUUCCUCUUUCCGAUCUUACUGUGUUAAAUACCCAAAAUAAUGUUAAAAAACAGCCUAGAACCAGUACGACAUUGGUUUACACUCCUUCUACAAAUGUGCAAGCGACUAUACCGAUCAUGCUGAAUAAUGGUACCAUUGUGACUCCAGGAAUUCCAGUUGUACUCGACUCCAAACGAUUAACUCUCAAUUCAAUAAUCAAAACUAAUGAUGGUAAAAAGGAUUCGCCUCAAGGAGAAGGUAAACGCAGUUCUCAUAAUGCGAUUGAACGUAGAUACAGGACCAGUAUCAACGAUAAAAUCACUGAACUGAAAGAUAUGAUUGUUGGAACUGAAGCUAAACUGAAUAAAUCGGCUAUUUUAAGAAAAGCUAUUGACUACAUAAGGUUUUUGCAAAAUGCCAACGCAAAAUUACGCCAAGAAAACUUAGCUUUGAAAAUGGCUGCUGAAAAGCAAACCGUUAAAGAUUUACUUACUUGUGCCGAUGGCGUAGAACCUGUUGGUGCAAUGACACCUCCGCAUUCCGAUUUCUCAUCAACUUCACCAAGAUCUGCUUUAUCAUCUUCACCGUCACCUCAGCAUUCUCCGUACUCAUUUGAGUCCAAAGAAGAGGUUGUUGACGAUGGUAUAUUUUAUGGCCUCUUAGAUCAUACCAAAAUGGCGUUGUGUAUGUUUGUCCUGACAGCAGCAUUCAUCAAUCCGUUCGGUGUUUUUAUGGGAUAUAGCAACAGUUUUCAAGAUUAUUCUCAUUCUAAUAGUAGAACUAUUCUCAACGCGCAAGAAGAUACAGAAACAUGGUAUGGUGGUUAUUUACUUGCCUGGAUUUUAAAUUGGAUUAUGAUUAUCGGCUGUUUGGUGGGGAUGUUUUUAUACGGAGAUCCUGUAGUGCAGUCCAAAUCUGUGCUUGCUUCGAAAUUCUGGGCGCAUCAUAAACAAGCUGAUGAUUAUAUUGCUGUGAAAAAUUUUGGAUCUGCGAGCAUCGAGUUGCAAACGUGUGUGCAGUUGUACAAUCGACAGUUGCCGGUCACCAGAUUUGGAGUCUUUAUUGCACUUUCUUGGCAAAUUUUCAGACAAGUGCUACACAGAUUAUGGAUUGGAAAAUUUUUAGCCAAGUACAGAGGCGGAUUUUUCUGUAACCAACAACGUAGAACAGAAGCUGGAAAAUCCGCUCGAGAAUUGGCUCUGGUUUAUAGCAAAUUGCACGAAUUAUAUUUGAUCAACGAAAAUAACAGUAAAUGGGUCGCUUUGUUAUUGAGUACGACUGCUAUCAACAUGGCGGAAUUUGCUGGUUCUUCGGUUAUUCUACCAAAUAAAUUGGCUCAAAUGUAUGUGUUGAUGGCGAUUACGUUGAAACAGUUUCGAUAUUCUUCUUUUCGGAUGCUUGAAAAACACUAUUUAAGCCUUUCCAAAGGAAUGACCAUGAUAGCUUUAACUACCAAUGGAAAAGAAGAAAACUCUCAAGCUCUGGUCGUAUCGACAAACUGGUUAAUGUCUCCCUAUGCUGGAUGGUUCUUUUUGAAUCAUAAUUGGGAGAUCAAAUUGAAAAACUCUUCUAUUUUCUCUCAAGUCAGUGACCCUACAAAUCCGGUCGCUUACGUUUCACAGGCUUUUAGAUUGCAUUUAAUACAUAAUGCGUUGCAAGUUUUGGUAAAACCUGGUUGUCAGUUGAACUCACUGAACGGUGAUCAAGUUGUACGCAAAACAAAGAUUCCUGAUGUGUUAACCUACGUUCAAAUGAUAAUGGAAAAUUCGGUUUUGGUUAAUAUGGAUUCGAGGACACCGCCAAUCAAUAUCAUAGGCUUUGAAGAUCGGAUCGCUCACUGGUGGUCGUGUGUAAUUGCUGUAGCCGCAUAUUGGAUUUUGGGCGACGAUAAUCAAGCAGAACAAUUAUACGACACAAUUGAAAACAUUCCAGAACAGAUUGCUGAUGACCCGUUGGUGAUCGCAAUAUUUGCUGCGUACGAAUGUCGCAAAAGUGUCGUUACAUUGAAUAAUAAUGGUAGUGUCGAUGGAUCAAUUAUUUUGAAAAAUUGUGAUCAAGUUGGAAAAUUGCUACAAGAGAGUAUUUCCGUAACGGAUUGUCUCAAAUCGGACACCAAAUCUCUUUUCCAGCUGUGUCAACUAUUGGCUUGUGACUGGUUAUUGGAGACUAGAACUUUGCUGUGGGAAAGAAAUUGCGAAGAUGUAUUGGAUAUCAAACCGGUGGAAUCUCAUGUUUUGUUGGGAUUCAAAAAUAAUUUGAAUUGUUUGAGACAUAUCACGAAAAAUAUAGAGGGUACCAUGCCUCGAGUAUUUUUGUACGAAGCAGUUUCUAGACUAAUGGCUGGAGCAGCUCCAGGACGUACCCAACAAUUAUUGGAAAGCAGCUUGAGACACAGAAAUCAACGCAGCUCUAUAAUAUGCGGUGGAAAAGAUAAAUCAUCUCAAGAUAUUGUUGGAGAACGAGAACAUGCCGCAGCUUUGUACAUGGCUUGUCGACAUUUACCUGCACCUUUAUUAUCAUUGCCCGGUGAACGUGCUAGCAUGCUAGCAGAGGCGGUUAAAGCGCUCGAAACUGUUGGUGAUCAAAAACGCUUAGAUCAAUGUUAUAAAUUGAUGAAAUCAAUCAGCACCAAUUCUGUUUCUAAUUAAUAAAGCCUUUAUUUUACAUUUUUUUUUCAUGCAUCAUGUUUUUAUUUUUUGGCUAUGUGAAAAUUCCUAAUUUAACUUUCAAAGUUGAAAAACAAUGUUAGUGUAAACUUUUUUUAAUUUAUUUUUUGUUCUUGUAUGUUUUAUUUUUAAUUACUUUCAAGUUGAUUAGUUUUAAUGUCAAUUCUUGUAAGUUUUAUGCAAUAUCAUUAAUGAUCAAGUAAAGAAAUGAAUGAGUUUGA